CAUUUUGUCAGACACGUGUGAGAGAAUUUUACGUUAUUUGUUGCGUUUUGCCUUACACGAAUUAAAUUGUUAAAUUUAUCAUAAAAUAUAAAAAAAUGCCGAUACGGGAAAAACUGUUAAUAAAGAAAAUCAAAAAACGUGAAAAAAUUAAAAAAGAAUUGGCGCAGAAAAAAGGCAAACAUCUUAAAAGGGGACACAUUAUCACGCGAAAAGAACGCGACGAUGAUAAAGGCAUUCAGCUCAAGGCGGACAAACAACAGAAGACAGUUAAGAAAAAAAAUAAGAAGCCGUUGCCACCAAUAUCAUCAGAAAGUAACUCUGAAAGAGAGGCUGCUGCAGAUCCCAUGGACGAGGAGAUGGUGGAACAGAGGGAAGUGUCUGGCAAUGAAGAUGAAACUGGAAAAGUUCCAACAUUAGUACAGGCGAAAGAAAAAGUUCAGAAGAAGAAUGGGAAGAAGUUAGAAAAGCGACACAAGAGCGAAGAUGAAGGUUUUGAACAAUUAGACCCUGAUGGGGUCACAGAAGCUUUGGGCAAACGUGAUAAGGCCGACCUUGCAUUUAGUUCACUGAAAGGUAUAGUUUCUGAACCCACCCUGAAAGCUAUUGAAGAAAUGGGUUUCAGUGAGAUGACAGAGAUACAAGCGAAAUCUUUACCUCCUUUGUUAGAAGGUCGUGAUUUAGUCGGUGCCGCUAAAACUGGUUCUGGUAAAACCUUAGCUUUCUUAAUACCUGCAGUUGAAUUGAUAUACAAAUUACGGUUUAUGCCACGCAAUGGCACGGGCGUCAUUAUCAUCUCUCCUACCCGUGAAUUAUCAAUGCAAACGUUUGGUGUAUUAAAGGAGUUGAUGGCACAUCAUCAUCAUACGUACGGUCUUGUUAUGGGUGGUUCGAAUCGUCAAGUGGAAAGUGAAAAAUUAAGUAAAGGAAUUAACAUACUGGUCGCUACUCCAGGCCGUUUACUGGAUCAUUUACAAAAUUCUCCCGAUUUUCUGUAUAAGAAUCUGCAAUGUUUAAUUAUAGAUGAAGUAGAUCGUAUAUUGGAGAUUGGUUUUGAAGAGGAAUUAAAACAAAUUGUCAAUCUAUUACCUAAACGACGCCAAACCAUGCUAUUCUCGGCUACGCAAACAGCAAAAAUAGAUGCUUUAUCAAAGUUGGCUUUGAAAAAGGAACCAUUCUAUGUGGGCGUUGAUGAUGACGAAGAAACUGCCACUGUUAGUGGCUUGGAGCAGGGCUAUAUUGUUUGCCCUUCUGAUAAAAGAUUGCUUGUGUUAUUUACAUUCCUGAAGAAAAAUCGCAAGAAAAAAGUUAUGGUUUUCUUCUCAUCUUGCAUGUCUGUUAAAUAUCACCAUGAAUUAUUCAACUAUAUUGAUUUGCCAGUAACCUCAAUUCAUGGUAAACAAAAGCAAACAAAGCGUACGACCACAUUUUUUCAAUUCUGUAAUGCUGCCGAAGGUAUACUGUUAUGCACUGAUGUAGCGGCUCGCGGUUUAGAUAUACCUCAAGUCGACUGGAUUGUGCAGUAUGAUCCACCAGAUGAUCCCAAGGAAUAUAUACAUCGCGUAGGUCGUACUGCUCGCGGUACUGGUAGUUCCGGUCAUGCUUUGUUAAUGUUACGUCCUGAGGAACUGGGCUUUUUGCGUUACUUAAAAGCUGCCAAAGUUCCUCUAAACGAGUUUGAGUUUUCGUGGAGCAAAAUUGCUGAUAUACAAUUACAGUUGGAAAAACUUAUAGCGAAGAAUUAUUUCCUUAAUCAAUCGGCAAAAGAGGCUUUCAAAUCAUACGUGCGCGCUUAUGAUUCCCAUCAAUUGAAGACAAUAUUCGAUGUGAAUACUUUGGAUCUACAAGCGGUUGCUAAGAGUUUCGGUUUUCUGGUACCACCUGUUGUAGAUCUUAAAGUCAACAGCGUGCAACGUCGGAGACCUGAAAGACGUAUCGGCGGUGGUGGUUUCGGUUACUAUAAACAUUUAAAUGAAAACCAAACGAAACAACGCGUUUUCAAGCAAGUCUCUCGUGAGCAACUACAAAAGAAAGGAAAAAAUUUCAUGCGGUAACUCUUGAUUUUUCUGAUUCAUAGUUUAGCUAAUUAAUUUAACAUAGUUUUUAGAAAUCAUAUUAUGAAUAAUUUCAUGAGAUAGCAAAGUGAAAUAAAUAUAUACAUGUUCUAUAUUAAACGUGAAGUCAAUAAAUUUUUUUUUUUAAUUUAAGGGGUAACGCCACUGUACAUUCUUUUUAUUGAUUUAAAUAGCCCCAAAGCGGUAAACAUUUAAACGGUCCACAGAUUUAAUUUUCUGAACAUAGUCGAAUACACACAGCGUAGAAGUA